AGCAUAUAAAUACUAGAAAAGAACGUAUAAAAAUAAAUUGAUUUCUUUAGGUUGAUCACAUUUUAGAUCGAAGAUGGUAUACAAAGGUGCAAAGUCAAAGACGGAGCAAUCUAGUAGCGUGAAAGUUGUGGUUCGUGUAAGACCUUUGAACAGUGCAGAAUGUUUAAAGAAUAACAAAAAUGUCGUGAGACCUAUGGACGAACGUGUGAUUGUAUUUGAUCCUGUGGAUGAUUUUGACGCCAACAGUUUUAUACCAAGUAAAAGAUCCCGUCGACGCAGUAACAUUUUAGAUCGGCGGGUAAAAGAUUUAAGAUUCAUAUUUGAUCGUGUAUUUGAUGAAAAUGCAACGAAUGAAGAUAUAUUUCAACACACCACGAGAAGCAUUGUUGACGGUGUUCUUCAGGGAUAUAAUUGCACUGUGUUUGCAUACGGAGCUACCGGUGCAGGGAAAACACAUACGAUGCUGGGAAAUGAUAAAACGCCGGGCGUGAUGCUUCUAACUAUGAUAGAUUUGUAUAAGAGGAUUGAGGAAAUGAAACAUGAGAAAACGUGUGAAGUCGCGGUGUCUUAUCUUGAGGUAUAUAAUGAGAAUAUACGAGAUCUGUUGAUGCCUGGUAAAGAACUUGCAAUGAGAGAAGACCCGCAGAGAGGUGUCUGUGUCAAGAAUCUCACAUUACAUCAGCCAAAGAGUGCAGAAGAGUUGUUUGGGAUGUUGGAAUAUGGUAAUAACAACAGAAGUCAACAUCCAACAGACGCCAAUGCCACCUCAUCCCGAUCUCAUGCAGUUUUUCAAGUUUAUAUCAGACAGAAAAAUGCAGCAUCCGGUCUCAAAACUGAUGUUCAAAUUGCAAAGAUGUCUCUGAUAGAUCUUGCUGGUUCUGAACGAGCGACCGUUACUAAGAAUCGAGGGCCCAGGAUGCGCGAAGGAGCGAAUAUCAAUAAGUCAUUGUUGGCUCUUGGAAACUGUAUCAACGCUUUAGCCGAAAAUAAGAAGAAUGUUCAUAUCCCAUAUCGUAAUAGCAAACUAACGAGAAUCUUGAAGGACUCCCUUGGCGGGAAUUGUAGAACGGUAAUGAUUGCUGCUGUCAGUCCUUCUAGUCUGUCAUAUGAAGAUACAUACAACACAUUGAAGUAUGCUGAUCGGGCUAAAAACAUUAAAUCAAAUAUUAUCAAGAAUGUUGUUAGUGUUGAUGUGCAUGUCAGUCAAUAUGCUAAGCUGGUUUCAGAACUCCAGGGAGAGGUCGGUCGUUUGAAAGAAAGGUUGAAUAAGUUUGAAACAGGAGAAGCUACACCAAUGAAUAGAAAAGUGGAAGCACGGAAGAAAGUCGAAGUUGAAAGGAUAAAAUCUGAAAUCAAGUCAGUUUACAACCAAAAAUCUGACAUCAAAAAGAACAUUCGUGAUGUAGAAUGCUUAGAAAGGGAAAUGAUGGAGAAGUUGCAUAGAAAGCAAAGAAAUGCUGAAUGGAUGAAUAUUCUCUCACACGACGAUUCAAAAACGAACAAGGUUGAAACCAGAGUGAGAAAAUGUUUGUCUGCCACGAAGUCUCGACUAAAGCAUCUGAAAGAACGAAGGGACAAACUGAACGAGCAAGCGAAGGAGAAUGAAGAUUGGUUGCGACGAACUGAGGAAGAAAUCAAUUUGAUUGAUGCUCCAGUCGAUGAUUCGUUUAACUCUCGUACAUUUCUUAAUGUUUAUGAAACUUCAUGUGCGAAUGAGUUAAUCGCAAAGGAACUGAAACAAGAGUGUAAAUAUUAUAAGAAAUGUCUUCAGAAUCAUGAAUCACAACGAAAACGCGAAAAACGUUUGAUAGAUUCUUUAUUAAAGUUUGUACGGAAGCAACACGGGAUUCUUAAAUCAUCUGGCAUGAACACGAAUGAGACGAACGAAGAAUAUGAAAAUAUCGUCACUAUUGUUGAGGAUAACCGGGAGGUAGCCUGGGCCGACCAGAGUGUGGUCGUCGCUGAGAAAGAGCCUGAACCGCUUGAUGUCAUUAAAAAUGCUGAAAAUAAAUUAAAGAACGGUUUUGACACACCACAUGGAACGCCAUCAAGGUCAAAGAUUAUCGACACUAGUUUUGAUCGCACUCCAAGAAGAGUGGUAAAAACGCCGACCUUAAUACUGAGUUCAACCUUGCCAUCUCCGGUAGACAAUAAAACCUCGACAACGAAAGUCGCUCCAGGAACUUAUAAUAUUAACUCGGGUCGAACUGCAGUGAGUCAAGCAAAAUCCCCUUGUCCUGUGAGAUUGAAUUUACUGAGUGCGUUAAAUCAAGAUGGAUCAUCCGGGAACGGUAAUUCAACAAAUAUCGAGCUUAUAAUGCCAUCGUCAACGUCUGCUGGAUUAGCAAGUGACUCAGACCCUAAACAGACGGUGGAGAAUACGUCCAGUGUUCUGAACGAUGCUUCAUUACUGGCGCCUAAGACCGCAUUUGAUAAACGUUUACAAGGAAAGCCACCCGCGGUUAAAAAGCGAUGUAUUGGGCCACCACUUCGUGCACAAAGCAAUACGACGAAUAUAGAUACUUCAAAUUCAAGAAAAAGGGCGAAUUUAACUUCAGGAGGUGAAAAUGGAAAACGAAUUCCUGGUUACGCGUCUCUGACAAAGUCUGCUGCACAGAAGAUCACAGCAAUAGAUAUGCUGCCUAAGAGGUGCCAUUCAAAGGAAAACGAACUCCCUCAAGCAAAACGACGAAAGAUUCCGCGAUCAGCAUCUUCCUGCAGUAGUCUCUCAGAUCAACUUUCAAGAAAACGAGGACAAUAUAAAAACCACGUAAACGGGCUGAAACGUGCAGUCAGCGUCAUGAAUAUGAGAAAGUAGAACUAAUUGUAGUAGAAAAAUUAAAUUUUGUAUGUUUUGCUUAGAAAUUAUGUUCAUAUAAAAGGAUGUAAACAAACAGUACCACUCGGAUUUCAAUCAAAAAAUAUCUCGGAGGUGUAACUGCAUGAUUGUUGUGGCAGAGGCGUGGUACCCAAUCG